UUGAAUGAAUUAAAGAACCUGUGGGGAGUUAAAACAGAAAAUUUGCUGCACACUACAGAAAGCGCGCGGGUCGUGUUAAAUGCUGUCAGGAGAAGGUUUUCAGGAUUUGGGCACGAAUGAACCUGUGACCGGAGUGCGAUUAAUGAGACUGUGUGAAUGCAAACAGACAAACGUAGCAGAGUACCGAUCGAAUCGGUCCAUUUUUAGCACUGGCAGAAGCUGUCCUUGCUAGUGGAACUCUCAAGGCAAACUUUGUUCGUUCAAUCUGAAUAUAUAUUAAAAGUGUACAGUUUAUAGUGAUAUUAAAUGUUACGUUGGAUUUUACAUUCAGCGAAUAGACGAAAUCUCUGCCCUCGAGGCCUGUGGUAUGAAUGAAACCUCAUGUUGGGGUUUAACAGCAGCGCUUCUGCGAACUAGCACGAAUUAGCCAUUUAACGUUAGCUCAAUUUGUUAGUGGCUAAAUUGGUAAGCCUACACAUACCACUCAUUAUAAACGCUUUUAACGACUCUGGUUGUAUUAACGCUGCUCUGUGGAUUGUCUAAUGAAGUUUAUUGACGUUAUUCAGUGGAGCAGCACAAAUCUAAUGCCGGACAAUACAAGAUGCUGCUGCUUGGCUCUUUUCUUUUGCUGAAUAGCAUCAUUUCCCAUUGAUUAUUUGUAUCUUUUGGUUGCGUUUGUUUGUUGCUUGUGGAAUAUUAGAAGACCACUCGCACCUCAUAUCAAGAAACCCACAAGACAUUAUUUAUAUAUUUAUUUAGUAUUUAAAAUAUCCUCAUGGAUCUGAAUUUUUACACGGAACUCUCUGACGGGACCGGUCAACAUGUUGAUUCCGAGUUUAUGGACAACUCCUCUUACAAUGGAUAUGAUUCUGUAAACAAGUUUGCAGGUGGCAGUGAUUCAUACCUGACCACCAGCGGACCUGGUCAUCAUUUUCUUGAGAAAACAUUCUAUACACCCUGUCUGGGUGAUGAAGAGUUUGAAAUCCCAAUCUCCUUGGAUCCAGAUUCUGCUCUCACUAUAGAGGAUGUGGAGGCACAUUUCGGAGAGCUGGCCGAACAGGCUGAGAGCUCAAGGGGUGCUGGAGUUGGAAGUGUUCUUGCCAGUAAUACUGUAGUCGGGGGAAAUGAUCCGUCUUUUGCCUCCACCUUCAUGAAUCCCUCAUCUCAGGGUAUGGAGCACCUGACUUUGGGUGUGAUGAACCAGCAGGGCGGAAGUGCACUGCUGAGCUCAACUCUGGGUGUGGAUCUUGGCCAUUCUGUUGGCUCUCAUUUCGCUAGUUCCUCCUCCAUGACUAUUGACGUUCCAAUAAACGACAUGAGCCACAGCCUUUUAGGACACAACCAGCUCACCACCAUAGACCAUUCAGAUCUAAGUGCCCAAUUAGGGCUGAGCCUUGGUGGAGGAUCUGUGUCAAAAUCACCAGACCAACCGCUGUCGACCACACCGUCCCCUUCUGGAUCCCUGCAGGAUGAAGACAUGGAGGAUUUCAGACAAAAAACUAUGCUGGUAGACUCUUUUGCAGCCUCUGAGCCCAGUCCAGCCCAGAUCUCUGUUCCUCCGCCUGUGGUGAGGAGGGUGGGGGGUAAGCCAUCUAUGGUGCCAGUGGCUACAGUGGACUCAGGAGCAUCGCUUGGGGUCAAAAAGGGAAAGAAGAAAAAAGAUCCCAAUGAGCCACAGAAACCAGUGUCGGCCUAUGCUUUGUUCUUCAGAGACACCCAGGCUGCCAUUAAAGGCCAGAACCCCAAUGCCACAUUUGGAGAGGUGUCUAAGAUAGUGGCGUCCAUGUGGGACAGCCUUGGAGAAGAGCAAAAACAGGUUUACAAGAGGAAAACAGAGGCAGCUAAGAAAGACUAUUUGAAAGCGCUAGCAGCCUACAGAGCUAGUCAGCUCUCAAAAUCGUCUUCUGAGGUUGAAGACAGCGCUCCUGCCACUCCUCCCUCUAUGCCCUCUCCUGCCCCCGUCCACACUCCUCCUGCUGCUCCCAUCCGUCCUCGGCUGACCCCCAUCACUGAACAGAACACAAUCACCAACAUCUGUGCCUCCAAUAUUAUCCUGGACCUGCCUCAGGUCACCACUCGCUCCCGCACGGGCUCUCUACCUGUGGCCAUUGGUCAACCUCCAGCACCAAGCCCCGCCCCGACGCCCACUGUCACCAAAAUCAUCAUCUCAAAGCAGAUGCUGCAAGGAGGCGCUCAGCUCCACCAGAUCCCCACAUCCAUGGUGACGGUGAUUCCGGCCGGUGUGCGAGCCAUCCAGCCUGGACGACAGCCUCCACCUCUGCAGCAGAUGCAGGGCACACCGCCUCCACCCCGUCUGCAGCAGAUGGUGCAAACACAAGCCCCUCCGCCUCUUCAGGCCAAGCCUCGUGGAGGAGCAGGCAGUUCUGUGGGCAUCACAGUUACGCCUCCUCCACCUCUCCAGAUAAAGAUCGUGCCCGCUUCAAUACACUCUGACCUGUCCACUCCGAUUAUUGUUACUACAGCAGCGAGUGCCGCUCCUGUGAUUUCAGCAUCCAGCAUCUCAGCCGCAGUUGAUCCAGCUCCUGUUGAGGUACAAGUGGAGGAACCCAGAGAAGAGUUGCACACCGGGACAGACGAGGCUGUGACAGAGGAGCCUGAAGAGAUGGAGAUGGAGGUCAGCGUGGCUCCUGCGGCCUCCUCUUCUGCUGCUUCUGCUAAUCUGUGUGUCCGUGCCGGAUGCACAAACCCAGCUGUGGAGAGUCGAGACUGGGAUAAAGAAUACUGCAGUAACGAAUGUGUGGCCACACACUGCAGGGAUGUUUUCAUGGCCUGGUGUUCAAUCAAGAAUCAGAACUUCGCCGCUGUCAAAUAAACCAAGCAAAAUCCCACUGAUACUGGCUCUCAUUGUGCCUGGACGAGUCUUUUACAAGUUAACAUGACAAUGUUUCACUGGAAUUGCUAGUGAGGGUUUAGUCUUUGUGUUGUAAAUAUUGAAAGCAUGAAAAGACAAUUGAACAAAAAAAAAAAAAUCAUGGCCAUAAACUGAGCUGUAGAUGAAAACCCUGAACCACAGUCUGAACACUUUCUCUUCACUGUUGAUCCUCAGAAUACAGUGAAUAUCAUACUUCUUUUAGAUUUGUGUGUAUGCUGCUUGUUAUUUGUGUUAAACCUGAGACAACUCUAAACUAUUGUGUUCUUUUCUAAUGCAGUCAUUUUGAUGAUAACGGUAUUGGUGAGCCUCAAACAGUAAUGCAAUCAUUCUUCAAAUCUUUUUUUUCUUGUGCUGACAGUGUCUUGGAUCUUGCCUUAGGUAUUGGGGAAUUUGUUUUGCUGACUUUAUAUAUUGUGUUACAGAAAGUACUCAAGUAUUAAUAAACAGCAGCCAUAAUGGA